UUAACGCGCAUGCUCGCGAGUUUCGACCAAAAAUCUUGACACGACUAAAACAGCAAAGCGAAGUGUGAGGAAAAUCACUGAGUUCCGUGUGAAAACCAAAGCAUACAAAUGUAUAACUUCUACCUAAUGCAGAAUAUCUAUCAUAGAUGAUGGAAACGAGGGAGGCGUUACGAAGGAAUCAUGUGGAAAGUCUGCUACCUUAAAUGUCAUGGAAAUUUCUGAAUACCCAGUUUUAGCUGAUGAAGAGAAUUCAGUUGGUAGCGGAAUAGAAUACGGCUGCGUGUUACCAUGGGGGGUGCCGACGGACCGGCCUUCUUCCACUCUUACAACAGACGACAUUACCGCAGGAGAGUUCGUCCUGAGGACACUCUUCGCAGAUUUCACCCUCGCCGCUGAGAAAAAGAUCGAAACAGUCCUCGCAGAACCUUUGGAAAGACCACUUUCAAAGUCUUUACAGCGGGGGGAAGAUCCACAGUUUGACCAGUUGCUCAACUCGCUGAGCACUGUGGCUGAGUACAGUCUCCUGUCUCUGCUCAAGACUCUUUUUCUCUGGUAUGAAAAACAGCAAAACAUCAAGUAUGGUAUUGAAGAUCAGAAUAAAGCAAAGACUUCUCAAGCUAGACCCAGGAGUGGUGCAGAUUCUCCUAGACUUAUCAGCAAGACCCACCGUGAACGGGACUGUCUGACUGAGCGAAGGGAUCUUGCAGUUGACUUUUUGUUCUGCUUGGUCCUGAUUGAAAUACUCAAACAGCUUCAUGUCCAUCCUGUGGAGGAUGAGUAUCUCCAGUACAUUGAAACCCUGGCCUUCAGGCACUUCAAACUCAGAGAUGUCGACAGUGGCAGUCCAUCUGCUACCAAUUACCAGAUAAUAGCAGCGCUGUAUGCUGAGGUCAUUGGUGUGCUGGCACUUGCACGCUUCCCCUUCAUCAGGAAACGCUUCAUGGCGGAAUUCAAAGAGCAUCAAAACAACCCCACCAUGCUUAUUCAUCUUAUUUAUGGCAUGAAAUAUUUAAGAAUUAAGUUGUUUCCUGUAGAGGAAUUAGAAGAAGGUUUCUUAUUUAUGAGGGAGUGUGCAGCUCUGUUUAUUGAUGCAAAGGAGAAGGAAGUCAAGUACGCCCUUGCACUGAUGUUUGUGGAGAUACUGGUCCCUGUGGCAGCCUCAGCCAAUCGAGAGCUAAAUGUUCCUGCUCUCAAGAACUUUGUUGACAUGAUGUACCACCAGGCAUUCGAUAUGGCGAAGAACAGGAAGCACUGCCAGCCUAUCUACCCACUUGUUACAAUACUGCUGUGUGUCAGUCAGAAGUCUUUCUUCCUCAACAACUGGCCUGGGUUUUUGUCAAUGUGCUUAACAAGUUUGAGGCAACGUGAUGUCAAAGUUCAGAGGGUAGCAAUGGAGUGUCUGUACAGGCUUGUCUGGGUAUACGUCAUUCGGAUCAAAUGCGAGAGUAACACUCAAACAGUCAGCCGUUUAAGGAGUAUAAUUGAAACUCUAUUCCCUCGUGGAUCAAGAACUGUGGUUCCUGCACUUAAGGAUGUACCCCUUAAUAUCUUUGUCAAAGUUAUCCACUUCAUUGCACAGGAGAAGCUAGACUUUGCCAUGAAUGAUAUUGUGUUUGACCUUCUUGGAGUUGGCAGAUCAUCACGUCAAAUUAGCCCUGAAAGGAUGAAUAUUGGACUGAGGGCAUUUUUUGUGAUUGCUGACAAUCUGCAACGGAAGGGAGGAGAGCCGCCACCAAUGCCAAGCAGUAUGACAACGUUACCAUCUGGGAACACCAUAAGAAUCAAGAAAGCAACCCUCCCCAAGACUCUAACAGAGAGCGCUGCUAGCAACAUUGGUCUGGCCAACUACUACCAUAGUGUGCGUAAAGCAUUGGACAGCAUCCUGCGAGCUCUAGAUGCUCAGGUUGGCAAGCCUAUGACCCUAAGCAACCCCCAUGUCUCCCACAAGGAGCCCGAUGACAUGAUCACAGGCGAAAGGAAACCGAAAAUCGAUUUGUUUCGCACAUGUAUUGCUGCUAUUCCAAGAUGCAUACCUGAGGGCAUGACAAAAACCGAGCUGGUGGACCUUCUCUCCCGACUAACUGUGCACAUGGACGAGGAGCUAAGAGGGCUGGCCUUCUCCUCCCUUCAAUCCCUUGUGCUAGACUUUGCCGACUGGAGAGAAGAUGCAGUCUUAGGGUUUGUGAACUUCAUCAUGAAGGAAGUGCAAGACAACUUCCCGUCGCUGCUGGACAGUGCCUUGAAGAUGCUCCUGCAACUACUUGCACACUGGAAAACUGCAGCCAGUGGAAACACAGAUAGCAGUAGCAAGACUUCAGCAGACACUACACCAGUACUGGAGCUGUCGACCCACUCCUUACCAAGUGAGCGCUCCGAGGACAGCGGUAGUGUCCUACACACUAUCGAGGGUGGAGCGCUUGUAAUGCUCUGUAGCACACGGCCGUACUUACGAAAACUAGCACUGAUGGUGCUCCGAGAGGUCCGCUGCUUACACCAUGCUAUUGAACCUACCGUAGAGAAGCGAAAAGAAAAGCUGGUGAUGGAUGUGAUUGAUCAAGUAUUCCCUACUGUCCUUGAGAAGACUUUGAUGGCGGUGCCUCAAAGUGAAAAGUUAUUCAGUGGUCCCCUCGGCACUGCAGACAUGCUGAUCAUCAACGAGCGCCUGUCCGCCAACCUGGAUCGAGAGCCAAGCGAGCAGAACCUUACUCUACACAGUGACUUCUGGGUGACCUUACUGUCAGGGCUACUGGACAAGAGCUACAUCCCAAGGUCAUGCCCGUCGGCUCUGCAGUUUAGCUGGCCUGCUGUGUUCAACAGAUUGCUCAAUGUCUAUUCCCUUAUUGAUCCUGGCACGUCAGGCAUGGAUUCCAUCACUAGUCUAUCGUCAGUCUAUGGGCGUGGCCCGAAAAAGGUGACCAACAUGGCAGAUGUUCGUCUUUGGCAAAACUACCUCGUGUUUGCGUGCUGCACCCACCCUACAUCCCACACGUCUAGGAGUGAGUCUCCUGAACAGGAAGGGGGUGUAUCUUCUGAUGCUGAAGCUAAAGGGGAUUCAAGGCCCCCUUCUCCCUGUAUGGUGGACAGCCUGUUCCGGUUUGCGAUACCACUGCUCAAGACCGACUGUUCAGUUAUCCGUGAUGCAGUGAUAACAUCACUUGGAAGGAUCAGCCCUAUCUCCUACAGAGAUUUUUUAGAGGAGAUCCAUUUCUUCGCACGAGAAGCUUUAGAUCGAAGAGCAGAGUCACUGCGAAAAAGGAGGAAGAAAGAUUCGUUACGCUCACAUUUAACUCGAGUGUUUGAGUUGAACGCACAGUACGGGAUCUUUGCCGACAGCGAGAGCGGACUUGUUAGCGAGGGUGGUCUGUCACCUUUUUUCACAGAAUACAUUGAUGGCAUAAGGCUUUAUCUUGAGGGCGAACCCGACAAGGACUGGCCUGCAAUCAUGCACCUCAGACUCUACUUCUGUAACUUCGUCUACAAGAUGAUCAUUUCUGUCACUAACACGUACUCGGGAGGCUUCCUUACCAAAGAGCUUCGAAGAAACCUGUUCUUCCUGUUUAGUAGCUGGUGUGCACACUUUGGUGUGAAAGUCCCUGAUGGCGAUAGAACAAUACUGAUCCCAAGUGCGCAAAGUAACGACCUGGAACUUGCGUCGCUAAAUGCAAUGUGUGCUCUGUUGCAGUGCGGUGCUAUGUUUGAUCCUAAUGGUCUAAUACUGGGUGGAUACCUCUACAAUUGGCUAGAGACCGUUCUAAACUCACCCAAAGAAAAGAUCCACCUUCUUGGCCAUGAUACUCUAGUUCGCAUCCUUGAGAACAACACCACAUGUGCCGCACUGCUGAACUGGGUGAUCGAUAAGUGCUACACUGGAACCAAGCUAGUUGUGAGUGGGUGCUUUAAAGCGUUGGUGGAGGUUUUCACACGACACAAUGACUACCCGUGCGACAUGAUUCCAAUUCUCAAUGUAGUGCUGUUUAAGACUGCGGAUGCAUGCAUCGACACCCGCGAGAAGGCAGCGCAGCUGCUACAGAUUCUAGAGCGGCGUUUCUUCCAGUACUCCCCUCCCAGUAUCUCUUGUUCGGCUCACUGUAGCUACUCGCAGUCGCAGCGAGGCCUGUCCGAGGCCUUGGCCACAGCACACCCAGAGAUCACCGUGCACAUGUUUCAAGAAAUGACAUCACGUUUUCAAAGUGCCACGUUCGCCGGUCAGCGGUGCAUUCUACAGUACAUGCUCCCGUGGCUAGCGAACAUCGAGCUGAUGGACCUGGCGAACCCGAUGCUGUCCGGGACAGACCACCCUGAUGACUUACCGGACGAUGAGGAUGACCUCGAUGAGAUCCUACCCCCAGUGAAGCUAGAGGAUGAUGGGUGGGGCUCAAUAGAAGCCACGCAGCUCGUGUUGAACAACCUCUUUUAUAUCACCGUCAAGUAUGACGAGCUCUACAGCAAAGAGAUAGAGGCGACCUGGGCGAGUCUGUGCAGCCGCUGGACCAACAAUGUGCACGAGAUCCUUAGCUACCUCAUCACGCUGGUGGGCGUGGUCGGUCACGCGGAGGUCCUCAUACACGCCAAAAAGCUGGCGGUUUAUAUAGCACGGGCGAAAACUGAACGUACCAUCGAGGAACUCAUGGAGGAAUUGAAGCUGACAGAGACUGUAGCAUCCCAGUUUGAGCGCUGCGAUGACCCUCCGUACUUUCGCAUCAUCAGUAAGACCUCUAGCAGUAAGGACUCAUUGGUUGAGCCCCCACCUAGCGCCAAGCCAGCAGCUCCGCCCAACAAGGAGCGGGCUACACGGCCAAGUGCCGAAGUUAGCAAGAAACCCCUUGAGGAGAUAGGCAAGCGGGAGUCGAAAGAAAAACCUGAUGGCACGCCCAAGCUCAUCAGCUUUGAACAAGCAACUGUAUCCAGCGAGCAAGCGGAAGCAGCACCUCUUGCUAAACCCGAAGAAGAGGAGGACGGUAACGACAUUACCACUCUCACCUCUGACCGCUACUGGCCACUGGAGUGGGCCCUACAGGUCCAUAGACGGGGUGCACCCGUACCUCUGCCUGUACCGGACACACCCUCCUAUUACGCGCCCCUUGCGGAUGUACUGCCAUUUGCCGCCACUGCUGCUUCGUUGUACAGGUGUAACUUUGCGCUGAUGCUGCUCACCGAGCUGGUGCUUGAUCAAGCGCAGGAGGACUGGGGACGACAUCUGCCCCUGAUGCUUCACGUGAUCUUUCUAGGGCUGGACCACGGCAAGGCAAUGGUCUAUGAACACUGCAAGCGCUUGUUGAUCAACCUUGUGGUGUUGCUAGUAUGUCACGGGAAUUACAUCACAGUGGCGGAGCCUCUCUUCAAGUUCAUGACGGUGUCCGAGCAGGGCUUGAAAAAGCAUGGGGGACUCCAGAAAUCCCUGUGGACACUAGACCUAGGGAGCAUGGUGCGAGUUUCCGAGAAUUUUGGCUGUGGUGCUGGCGCCGUAGGCCAACGGGUGAAUGGCGGAGCUGAAAAACGUAGUGGAAGCUCGGGAGUCAGUGCUGGCACUGAGCCAUCGGACAUCCCUGCUGCAGGCAGCGAGUGUUCUUCAGAUGCUGGGGAGGAGAGUGCGUCCGAGAUACAAGAGCAAGUAAAGGAUCUGAUAGAGUUCCUCGCAAACAGCGCCUGCAAAGCGCUGUGGGCUUUUGAAGACAUCACUUCUCGCUCAUUCAAGAUCAAGUCCACUGAGCAGAUGGAGGUCUUUCUGGCGUUGGUGAUUCACAUCUUUAAGAGCUGCGACGAAGGGCUUGAGUUACAAGAAAAGUGGGCCAAGGUGGCGCUUAACUGGGCAACCACGUGCUCUUCCCGCCACUAUGCUGGCAGGUCGUUCCAGGUGUUCAGAUCUCUCAAGGUUCCCCUGUCAUGGCCCAUGCUGAGCGACGUGCUAGCCAGACUUGUCGAGUCUGUAGGAGACAGUAGCGAGGAUGUACAGGGCUAUGUGAUGGAGAUCCUGCUGACAUUAGAGGCUGCUACAGACUGGACCAUGUACGAUUCUGCCGACCCUCCCGCUGGACGGGACCGGUCCACUUCCACCUCCAGCGGUACCUCCGACUCAAAGGAUGUCGAAAAUGAGGAGCUAGCUAACUUUUUGAGCCCGCUGGGUGCAUCCCUUCCCGUGGGUAGCCCACACUUCAACCGACACAGCACCUUUAUAAACGACUUCCCCUCCAUGCGUCACUACAGAUCACUCAGUAGUGGAUGCGAUGUACGACGGGCUCUUGGCUUCUAUAACCACCUGGGAAAGCUGAAUAACCACAGUGACGAGAUUCUACUGCGAGCGAGAAGUGCUAGCGUUCAGUGCCUGCGCAUGCCGUGCGAGGCCGUGAGUCCGCAGAGCCAGACAGAUAUGAUUACCCGUGUUUUCUGGAUAGCUGUGUCACUCCUCGAGUCCGAUUAUGAUCACGAAUAUCUGAUGGCCAUUGAGAUGCUCAACCAGGUGCUGACCUUUCUGAAUCUUGGCCGGAUCGAGUCUCGUGAACGUCUAGAGAAAGUACUGCACCGCCUCAAGUGGACUGACUUCCCGGGCCUACAGGCCCUCUUGCUUAAGGGCCUAACGAACAUCAAUACAUACGACUCGUCGCUGCGUCUGCUGGCGAGGCUGACCGUCUUCUCUGAUGUCAUGAUAGUGGAUCCCUCACAAGUCUCAGGUCUAGGUAUCAAUAUCUUGGCGCUGUUACCGUACAUGGUGGAGCACUUCAGCGAACCUGACGAGUUCAGCCGCACUUGCGCUGCAAAUAUUGUGCAGGUGUGUUGUCGUACGCCUGGCCUCGCUAACCUUGGCAAGAUGUUCUCCAUGUUUGGUGACAAAUCAUACCACCGGCCGCGGAAUACCUGGGUGGAGGUGGUUUGUAAAUACAUCCACGACUCGUUCAGCCGCCACAGUCGGACAUAUCUCACGUUCCUUCUAGAAGUUCUGGAAAAUGGUCCUUCCACAUACCAAGAGUCUGUGCUUGCGAUUCUUUGGGCAAUGAUGAAGCUGAUGGACUUCUCCUCCCCUUCUAAGAGAGUCUUUUACAAUGACACACUACGCAUCAUCUCCAAGUAUAUCAAGGGUACGUACUGGAAAGAAUCCCUGGACAUCUUAAAGUUUGCGGUUUCCAAGUCAUCCAACCUGGACACCCCACCACCGCGUCCAGCCAGCUCUAUCUGGUCAGUACAUGACAGUACCUGGGUCAUCGACGCCCUGCCUACAAAGAAAGAACUUCCUGGGCGGACGCUCGCCUUUACAUUUGAUUUGUCCGCUACGCCAGUGAUUGGCAGGCGUGGAACCCCUGAAUGUGCUGAGCAGACGAAGGAGAACAAGGUCGUUAAUGACGUGACAUGUGCGAGAAAGGCGCAUAUUUCACAGCGUCGUACCCGCGAAAGACUGGUCACCGUGCUUCAGACGUGUGGUCAUAACGUGGGGCUAAAGCAGAGUCCGUCUGUCGUGUUCAGUUCGUCAAGCGACCUCGCGGUAGAAAAACCCAGUGAACAGCAGCAGUCAUCAGACGAAGACCUCAGCGCAGACAAAGACGAUCAGAUAAUGAGUGUUCUUACUAAAUUCGACUUCCUGGACGAUGUGUCGGAAGAAAGCAGUGACGAGAGCCGAUUUGCGGUAUGGCCAGGCGAGGAGACCAGGCGAGAGUCAUUUGACACCCUGGAUGUUCAGUCACUCAGCAAGACGAACCUACCCGCCAUGGGCUCGUUCUCGGGUAGUGACCAAGACCUGACGACACCACACGAGUCCUCCGACGACGAGGAUGAGCUGAAUCGCUCAUUGAACGAGGGAUCCUUAUCCGCUUUGAGUAUGGCUGAAACUGAACCUGCUAUGGUUUUCACGACUGGCGAGCCUGUAGAUGACCAUGAAGUCGUGAUUGUGGUAUCAUCACAUGACAGCAGCGAGGAGAAACGUCACCUCAGCACCAGCACGGAGUCCGCGGUUGGUACGACCCCGUCGGCCAAAGGAGAAUACCAGCUGUACUCCGUGACGGAGCGGUACAGCGUGUCAGACGAAGAUGUGGACGGUCUGUGGGCGGACCACGUGACCUCCAUCAUCAAGGACAGUACGGGCGUCACGUGUGUCAACACGUACUCAUUGUUCUGGAACUUGUACAAGGCGUCCAGGAAGAAGUUCUACUCCUUGACCAGGGAGUGCUGUAAUUAUCUGGACGAUAGAUUCAAGGACAUCUCGCAGCACUUCUGCAACACCUUAGAGUUCCUAGUGGUCCGCGGGGACUGCCCGUUUGUCUGUCUAGACACCAGGGCUCUUCGGAAGGCCAGGAUGCUGGACAGACAUAAGUUCAUUACGCUGGAGCUGCAUGACCAUUAUGUUAAUUACAUCACGAAGCGUGACAAGACCGUGGGGUACCUUGAUUGCGUGAAGCUUGCGUUGAAGAGAUCAUCCGUCGGGUCACACAACGAGGAGCCCGAUGUCCGCGCCCUCGAUGCUAUGUCGCACGAACAGCGGCAGAUGGAGCUAUGUCAGUGUCUGUACAAGAUGCACUUCCACUUUUUGCUGCUGUGUAACGCGUACAGUCGCUUGCUAGACUCGCUCACCAAGGGCGCCCACAAUGCGGAGGUGACGGAUAACACCGCCAAAGCAAGCACAAUCCGAGCAGAAAUCGCCACCGUGCUAGAGCAUCUCCCUCCCAGCGAGGAGCCUCUGCCUCAUCUUGCCGAGCUGGAAACUGCCACCGUGGAGACCGCCACCUCCCAGCUCCUGGAAAAACUGACCAGCAAGGACUUUGAACAAGCCGUGAACCUGCUGCGCGCAGCGAGGGAGAAAUUUGGUGGUCACACGUUCGGCUCGUCAGACGAGGACAACCUGGACUCCCUGGUGGCCAUGUACUGUAGGAAUCUAGUUGAUAAGGACAUGGGUACCCUUGUGAUGUCAAGCCCGCCCGUGCAUUUUACCAUCUUGUGUAGCGACCUGAUGGACGUCAAUAUCUCUACGCUGUCGGCGCUCAAAGAUCUGGAGUUGCUGGAAAAUCGCACAGAGGAUGAGCCCGAUUGACGAGAGUUUUUUUUUUUGUUUUCUUUAGAAAUCAAAGUACUUCAUGUAGGGUUAGGGAGAUAUUUCCUUUCAUGGCCUUACAUGACGCACGGGGUCUUAGACGACUUCCCCUAAUAACCCAGGGCAGAGGGUGAGGGCUAGCGAUUCAUUUUUUGUCGUUAACAUUUGCAUGAUGAUGUAUGUUACUAUCGUGAGCUGGUUACAGUAAUAGGGCCAUAUCAUAGUAUUGUUAUUGAUUGUGUAGUAAUUUAUUAUCGCUCGGUAGUGGGUCGUUUAUUGUUCGUCGAACUAACCAAAGGCGCCUUAAUGCGUUUGAUGUACAAAUAGCUUAUUGUAGUGGAUCUUUGUAUUUAUAACCUGUUUUAAAAGAGUUAAGCGUUUUCUAUCCUUGAAAUGCUGUGAUGAUAUUCCCUAUUUAAUUCUUUAUAUAAAUUAGUUUUCUGUGUCGAAUUGCUGUAGCUUGGCUCUCUUGUUGUACCACGGUUUCUAAAACGCCACGGUAUAAUCAAGGGAAAGGUGCCGUUUUAUCACCUAAUGCAAAUGCUUGGAUAUUUUUUUUGUGUGUUAGUAUAACUAAAACUGCGUCUUUAAAAGCCACCAUUCGGGUCGGCUGGAAUAAUUCGUAUUCGUGGGGCUAUGUAGGUUUGCACGGCCUGGACAUCGGCAUACAAUCGGCCACUUGCACUCGCCAAUCACGUGACGUCUUUGAUGGCAAACGCGCGCGUUCCGGUUUUUGGCGGCAAAAUGACAAUAACAAAAAAACAACUUUUUCAGUGUCUACACAUUUGCCAGAGAGUUUCUUUGUCAAAAAGUUUUUCUUUCAUUGUAAGGUUUUUUUUUCCGUCGGUCUCUUAAGUGUCGGCCGCAACGUUUCUGUGUUUGUCUUGGCUUGGCGCGAGUUUGACACUCAAAAAAAGACGUGAUUUGGUAGAGCAAGUCGUCUAUUGCGCUUUCUUCAGAAUACUGCUUUGUGGAGAAGCGAUUGUUUUAUUUUAAUCGCGAAAAAUUGACAAAUGAAAUGUGCAUUUAAAAAUAAAAUUUCAGAGAAAUGA